CACGUCACUUGUUCAGUUGCCCCUUGCCCGAUAUUAUUCACGGGCAGUAACCCCGUGGCGACACCAAAAAGCUUCCGUUAAGGUCCCUCCUGUUUCCCAUAGUGUCCCCUUUAAACACUUCUCUCCUUGCCUUUUCAAUUUAUAUCAACAUUAACAUUCUUGUGUUGUAGAUUUUUGUGCACCCUCCCUCAUGUCAGUUAAUCAACCUUAUUAUUAUAACUAGUAGGUUGAUUUAUUAUUAUUAUUAUUCCGGUGGUGGUGGUGGUGUCGGCGUUGGAUGAAAAUGGCUGAGAUUUGCUGCGGUGUUGUCAGCGAUAACGAAGCCUCGUCUGUUGUCGCUGCUUGUGAGUCCAACUCACAAGCAGCGGCAACAACGAGACGGAAAAGGAUGGAGAUACACCGAGUCAAUUUCGCUACCGGAAUUGAACCGGAUAAUAAUAAUAAUAAUGGAGUUAAGCAACCACGGUUGUCUAUAUCUCCUGCUUCGUUCUCACGUGGUGGAUGUACCUCUGUAACUCGUCCAAACUGUAACUGUUCGGAAUUAACACAUAAACAAGACGAUGAAGGUCGUGAUGCAGAUGCUGCUGUUGUUGUUAAGCAUACACAUACACCACCUCUCGUUGCCGCCAUUUUGAGACCUUUGGGCUCUGCUGUUCCGAAGUUCGGUGUUGCGUCGGUUUGUGGACGGCGGAGAGAUAUGGAAGAUGCUGUGGCUAUACAUCCUUCAUUUUUAACCACUGAUCAAAAUUGUUAUCUGCAUUACUUUGGCGUGUACGACGGUCAUGGUUGUUCUCACGUGGCGACGAGGUGUAAGGAUCGGCUGCACUUGUUGGUGAAAGAGGAAUUGAAUAAAAAAAAGGUUGAGUCGAUGGAGUGGACGAAAACUAUGGAGCGAAGCUUUAACCGGAUGGAUAAAGAAGUGAUCGAUUGGAACAAAGGAACACUUGGAGGUAACUGUCGUUGCGAGCUUCAAGCUCCGGAUUCUGAUGCUGUUGGAUCUACUGCUGUUGUUGCCAUUACCACUCCUGAUAAAAUUAUCGUUGCGAAUUGUGGGGAUUCACGAGCUGUGCUUUGUCGAAAUGGGAAAGCGGUUCCUCUUUCCAGCGAUCACAAGCCGGAUCGUCCCGAUGAGCUCAACCGGAUUCAAGCUGCCGGUGGGAGAGUUAUAUACUGGGAAGGUGCUAGAGUUCUUGGAGUUCUUGCCAUGUCAAGAGCUAUCGGUGAGGUGACAAUUAUUUGAAACCAUACGUUAGCUGCGAGCCGGAGGUGACGAUCACUGAACGAACAGCUGAGGACGAGUGUUUGAUAAUCGCGAGUGAUGGAUUAUGGGACGUGGUUUCAAACGACACAGCGUGUGGAGUAGCAAGGAUGUGUUUAAAAGGCAAAGGGCCGUCGGCAAGUUUGAAAAAUCCGAUAGAGAACGAACAGGCAGGGUCGGAGAAGUGGGACAAAGCGUGCUCCGAUGCAUCCAUGUUGCUGACAAAGUUGGCGUUGGCACGACGGAGUUCGGAUAAUGUUAGUGUGGUGGUUAUAGAUCUAAGGAGGAAAUGAAAAUGCUUUUGAUUAUGAACCUUUGUAGUGUUUUGGGGGGAAAAGAAUUUGUCUUCCAAAUCUUCAAUGAUGAUCUAAGUUUAGACCAUUGUAAUUAUUCUUAAAUCAAAUUAAAUGGCUGUGUUUUCUUAAU